AUGGAGAAGACCUACUCAUUGACGGCCCACUAUGACGAGUUUCAGGAGGUGAAGUAUGUGAGCAAGUACCAGAGUGGCACCCUGCCCAACGGCUUUGCCCUCCAGCUGGGCACCGGGACCAAGAAACGCCGCGGAGGACUGCCACGCUGGAGUCGCCGGGAGGUCUGCCUGCUCUCGGGGCUGGUGUUCGCUGCGGGGCUCUGCGUCAUCUUGACGUGCAUGUUGGUCCUCAAGUACCUGGCUGCAGAAGGGGACAGCUACUGCCUGGAAGGGUGCCAGGAGAAGAAGGCCUUCCUGCGAGCAUCCCGCUUCCUCAGUGCCAACAUGGAUGCCACCAUCGACCCCUGCCAGGACUUUUACUCCUUUGCCUGCGGCGGCUGGCUGCGGCGGCAUGGCAUUCCCGAGGACAAGCUGGUGUAUGGCACCAUCGGGGCCAUCGCCGAGCAGAAUGAGGCCAAGCUGCAGGCACUGCUGAGCCGCCCUGUGCGGCGCCGAGCCCCCUCCUCAGCUGAGAGAAAGGUCAAGGAGUUUUUCCGCUCCUGCCUGAACCGGGCCGAGAUCGACCAGCUGGGCCCACGGCCCAUGCUGGAGGUCAUCGGGGAGUGUGGCGGCUGGGAUGCCUCCCCAGGCCGCGGGGACCUCAAUGAACUGCUUUACAAGACGCAGGGGGUCUACAGCGCUGCCGUGCUCUUCUCCCUCACCGUCAGCCUGGAUGAGAGGAACACCUCCCGCUACGUCAUCCGGAUCGACCAGGAUGGGCUGACUCUGCCUGAACGGACUCUUUACCUGGGGCAGGAUGAGGAGAGCGAGAAGAUCCUAGCUGCAUACCGUGUGUUCAUGGAGAGGCUGCUCACUCUCCUGGGGGCUGAGCACGUGGAGCAGAAGGCCCAGGAGAUCCUACAGCUGGAGCAGCACCUUGCCAACAUCACAGUGUCUGAGUAUGAUGACACGCGGAGGGACAUCAGCAGCAUGUACCACAAAGUGACCCUGGGCGAGCUGCAGCGCAUCACCCCUACACUCAAAUGGAAGCGUUUGCUGGACCGCAUCUUCCAUGACAACUUCUCAGAGGAGGAGGAGGUGGUGCUGCUGGCCACUGACUACAUGCAUAAGGUGUCUGACCUCAUCCGUGUGACACCUAGCAGGAUCCUUCACAACUACAUGCUGUGGCGCAUCGUGGUGGUGCUGAGCGAGCAUCUCUCCACGCCCUUCCGUGAUGCCAUUCAUGAGCUCUCCAAGGAGAUGGAGGGCAAUGAGAAGCAGCUGGAGCGGAGCAAGGUCUGCCUGAGCCAGGCCAACAAGCACUUUGGCAUGGCCCUGGGCGCCCUCUUUGUCGAAGAGCACUUCUCGUCUGCCAGCAAAGCCAAGGUGCAGCAGCUGGUGGAGGACAUCAAAUACAUCCUGGACCAGCGCCUGGAUGAGCUGGACUGGAUGGAUGAGGAGACACGGAGAGCAGCCAGGGCCAAGCUUCGGUACAUGCUGGUGAUGAUCGGGUACCCUGAUUUCCUGCUGAAGCCAGAGGCCAUUGACAAGGAGUAUGAGUUCGAUGUGGAUGAGAAGACCUACUUCAAGAACAUCCUCAACAGCAUCGCCUUCAGCAUCAGGCUCUCAGUGAAGAAGAUACGGCAGGAGGUGGACAAGUCUGCGUGGCUGCUGCCUCCCCAGGCACUAAAUGCCUACUACCUGCCCAACAAGAACCAGAUGGUGUUCCCUGCUGGCAUCCUGCAGCCCACCCUCUAUGACCCUGAGUUCCCGCAGUCACUGAACUACGGUGGAAUCGGCACCAUCAUCGGGCAUGAGCUGACUCAUGGCUACGACGACUGGGGGGGACAGUACGACCGUCAUGGGAACCUGGUGCACUGGUGGACGGAGAGGUCGUACAGCAAGUUCCUGAAGAAGGCGCAGUGCAUUGUCAACCUCUACGACAACUUCACUGUCUACAACCAGCGGGUGAAUGGCAAACACACGCUGGGGGAGAACAUAGCUGACAUGGGAGGCCUCAAACUUGCCUACUAUGCCUACCAGAAGUGGGUGCGGGAGCAUGGCCCUGAGCACCCUCUGCAUCACCUGAAAUACACACAUGACCAGCUGUUCUUCAUUGCCUUUGCCCAGAACUGGUGCAUCAAGCGGCGGUCCCAGUCCAUCUACCUGCAGGUGCUGACGGACAAGCACGCCCCGGAGCACUACAGGGUGCUGGGCAGCGUCUCACAGUUCGAGGAGUUUGGAAGGGUUUUCCACUGCCCCAAGAACUCACCCAUGAACCCAGUGCACAAGUGCUCGGUGUGGUGA